AUGCGAUUACCGCUUAGUUUGAAAAUGGCGAAUAGGAAUUAUCAGGAUGCUGUUCAGGCAUUGAAUUCGUUACAAUCUAACUAUGCCAAUAUUAUGGCUAUCAGAGCAUCAGGUGAUAGGAAAAAUAUGAUGAACAUUUGGGAGAUGCAAGAAUGGUCACGUCGUAUAGGGUAUUCAGUUUCUGACUUCAACAAAUUGAACGUGAUUCAUAUCACUGGUACUAAGGGUAAAGGUUCAACUGCUGCGUUUACGCAAGGUAUCUUGAACCAAUAUAAAGAUACAUUGAGUAAGGUUGGUCUUUAUACUUCUCCACAUCUAAGGUCAGUGAGAGAAAGAAUUAGAAUAAACGGGGAGCCAAUAACUGAGGAAUUGUUCUCGAAAUAUUUCUUUGAAGUUUGGGAUAGAUUGGACGAAACUUCUUCCAAUGAAGACAAGUUUCCUCAUAUGACUGAGGGUCAAAAACCUGGAUAUUUCAAGUACUUGACUCUUCUUUCAUUCCAUGUAUUCAUGCAAGAGGGAUGUGGAACGUGUAUAUAUGAAGUUGGUGUCGGUGGUGAGUUUGAUAGCACUAAUAUCAUUGAGAAACCAACCGUAUGCGGUGUUUCUGCAUUGGGUAUUGAUCAUACAUUCAUGUUAGGGAAUACCAUCGAAGAAAUCGCAUGGAAUAAAGGUGGUAUCUUUAAAGAAGGUGCUCCUGCAUUCACAGUAAAAUCACAACCCAAAACUGGAUCGCAGGUUUUGCAAGAAAGAGCUGCUGAGAGACACACUACACUUUCCGAGGUUCCCAUUUUUGAACAUUUAAAAACCAUUAAGUUGGGCAUCGCUGGUGAUUUUCAGAUUAAAAAUGCAUCUUUAGCUACUGCAUUAGCUCACCAACAUUUGGUUUCACUUGAUAUCUUAAAAGAACCAUUAGAACUAGCGUCAUCUGCCAAAAUCCCUGAUCUAUUCAGAAAAGGCUUAGAGCAAACCGUUUGGGAAGGACGUUGUCAAAUCAUUCGCUCCAAUAACAUUACAUGGUACAUAGAUGGCGCGCAUACCAAGGAAAGUAUCGAAGCUGCCAGUGGGUGGUUUAGGGACGUGACUGCGACCUUCAAUAGAAAAAAAGUUUUACUAUUCAAUCAGCAGUCAAGGGAUGCAAAAGCGCUGUUGGGAUACCUAUAUGAAACUAUCUCUCCCGCAGUAGAAUUUGAUGCUGCAAUAUUCACGACCAAUGUGACGUGGAAGACAGGUAAUUAUAGUGCAGAUUUAGUUUCCUUAAACACAUCUAAAGAGCAAGUUGACAAACUAGAGGUUCAGCAGAAUUUGCAGAAGGAAUGGAUAUUAUUAAAUGAAACUGAACACAGAAAUGUAGAAGUUACUUCAUCAAUCGAAGCUGCUUUGGAUCUAAUCAAGAAUAUGGGUGAACCAGUUGACGUAUUUGUUACGGGAUCGUUGCAUUUAGUAGGUGGAUUCUUGGUAGUACUAGACGGAAAGCCAACCUAA